UCUCGACAACAGUUCAAUAUCGCCAUUUUCACUGUACGGACGUCUUUUUAAAAAGAAAAUUAACAAAACAAAACAAAUAACUAAUCAAACUUAUUGAUUUUCGUCGAAUCGAUAUUUUGAGGUUAUAAUUUUUGUAGUUUGACAGGUGACAGCGCGGGAAAAGCGCGCCAUUUUGUUUUACUAGACAAAGAUCGUUGUGUGUUAUUCCUUUGUGUUUUUUUUUUCGACGUCAGGUGGUGAAAAGUGACGAUGCCUUCGGAAGUGGCCCUGGGUAAAUCCCUGCAGCGGGAGCUGGCGGACUCCAUCAUCAGGAUGGUGCCGCUCGACGAGAUCCGCAUACUGCUGGCUUGUGGAGCCAAGGUGAACGAGCCAGUGACCCAGGGUCUCCGGCCGCUGCACUACGCCAUCUGGCAACGCUACCUGGAGGCGACGAGGCUGCUCGUGGUGCGAGGGUGUGAUGUCAACGCCAGGGAUGAUUGUGGAUACAGCGCCUUGCAUCUUGCUGCUGAGCACGGGUACACAGAGCUGGUAAAGUUGCUGCUAGAGAGUGGAGCGGCAGUGGACUACAGACCUAACACCGGCGAGGAGUUCCCGAGGACCACACUCUGCGACGAACCUCUCAGGCUGGCCAUUAGGAACAAACAUUAUGAGGUGGCCCGUCUUCUUUUGGAACACGGAGCAGACCCAAACAAGCGUUACUUCUUCGGAGCGGAGAUCAACUUGGUGUCCGACCCUGAAUACUUGGAGUUACUGCUGACUUUCGGAGCCAACCCUGACUCCAGAGACAGAGCUGGUUUGACUCCGCUCAUGAAGGCUGCUAGGCAGAGAAAGGGUCUGGAUGCUGUGCUCCUGCUCAUCAGCUUCGGAGCCGAUGUGAACGCGAUGGCGGACGCCAGGAAUGACUAUAGGACUGUCAUGCAUUAUGCCGUACUUAGUGGUAACCCAGAAGUAGUGAACCUGAUGAUAAAGCAGGGUGCUCGCGUCAACUACGAGUGUAAUGAGUUCAGCAAGCCCAGCCCCCUGGACCUCGCCAUCUUGAAGGGAGACGUCGCCAUGCUGCAGAUGCUUUUGGCUGCUGGUGCACAAGUGAACGCAUCCAGCUCGGUGAUCGGAUCCCCUCUACACGUCGCAUGUUCCGACAAUAUUACAAAUAGGAAGGAGAUUGUACAAAUUCUCCUAGAAAGCGGUGCUGAUCCAAACCUGAAGGUAUACAACGAUGAAGACGCCACACAGCUGCGGCCGGCGCUCGCUGAGUACCUCGCUAGCAAUCCGGAGCCCAGCGCUGAGAUAGUUGCCCUGUUGCUCAGAUACGGAGCUAGGGUCAUCAUGAAAACUCAGUUCCGUGAUCCGGACGGCAUCCUGAACCAUCUCCAAAACGUCACGUCAGAAGAGUACCAACAUAUCUUCUAUCUCCUUCUCGAAGCAGCUGAAGCCUUCGAUCUCUGCAUGAUCAAAAGAAACAACACAGUAACAGCCACGCAAAAAGAAGCCUUAAUCCAUUGCGCUAAGACCCCUAUUUCCUUGCUCGCCCAAACUAGGAUAUUUUUAAGGAGAUAUUUUAAAACUAUGCUUGUUGAUGUAGUUCCUGAUAUGGAAAUACCUAAAAUUCUUCACCAAUACCUACUUUUCAACUGCCGUUAAAAGGAGGUUUUAAUAUAUUAAGGUUUCAUUACAAGGCUGUAAAGAGGAAUUCUUUUGCCUCAUCCCUUUUGACAGAUAGUUUUCGGUGUUGCCAGUUUAUUUUGUCCCCCGGUUUUGUGGGUGAUUUUUGUUGUGUCAGGAUUUGGUCGGUGGAAUAAUGUGGAAAAACGAUUUUUUGACAAGAAAUGAAUUGUAGAGUUCGUAAAAGGGCUAGUACUGUUAAUAUGUUGACAGUACGUUUUAUGUUUGAUAUAAUAAUGUUCUCCUAUUUUUGUAUACCUAGUUCUUUGUGGUAAACUUGUAUUUUUGUAUCUCAAGUGAAGAAAUCACAUUUUUGUCGAACUUAGAUGUUAAGUUUAAUCAUUGUAUCUAUGUUUAAGUAUUUUGUUUGCACUGCACAUUAUCCAUUAUGUAUUAGAAGAAGAAGAAGAUAAAAAAAGAAGAAAUAUAAAAGAAUAAAUUUAAUAAUAUUUGUAUAACUAUUGAGUAAGAUCUGUCAAUAGAAUGAUUUUAAAACGAGAAGACGACAUAUUUUCCAAAUAUCUUUAUUCAUGCCUUCAUUAUAGAAAUUAGGAAAAUUAUGAGAAAAUUAUUGAAAAUAUAUUUACAUAAUUGAUUUGUUUUAAUAUUAAUUCUCGUACACCAUUGCACGCAUGGAUGAUUUUUUUUUAAUAAAUGUGUUUUGAUAUAAUUAAAGUGCAUCAGAGAGAAGAAAUUAUGAAUAAUAUUGUUUUUUAAAAUGGUAAAUGACGGUUCAUAUUAUAGAAACGAAGUGAUGAAAAAUAUUGUUUUUUAAACUGAUUAAUGACGUGUUUCUAGUCCACGAGAGGCGCUAGUGUAGCUAAGGGUCUAUAGAACCAAGUUAUAUUUUCAUUAUUAAAUCAAUGCUCAGUCAACUUGUGACGAUUUAUUUUUAUUACACAUCGCCGCAUCAGCGCACGCUGCUCAUGAUGAAGAGUCCCUCUGUGACUCGAAACUAGUAGAGGUUUUCUCUAUUAAUAUACGUGAGUAAACCGUGAUUUUUAGUUAAUUGUGACGAUUUAAGCUGAUUGAACUUAUAAAUAAUAUUUUAAGCCGCACUAGCACAAUAUCAUGAGUUUAAAUUUUCCUUUAUUUUGUGCAACCAUUUAUAAAUAAAGUUUAUUUCAUGAUAAAUAUAUAAAUCUACAUAUAUGUAUAGCUAUCGCAAUGUAUUGUAGUCUGAUUUCUAUACUAUGUGAUAUUUUGUGAUAUAUUUUAAUUUUAAGACUUUACGCUUGUAACAUCGAAGUUACAGGCAAUAUGUAUGUGACGAUUAUUUUGUAAUUAAGUCAAAUAAAUGUGUGAAACAUAA